AUGACAGUGGAAUCACCAUUAGCUGAACAACAACGUGCUGUUGUUGAACUUUAUGUGUAUUCAAAAUGGAUCAAAGCAAGUUUAGCAUUGGAAGACGAUAAUUUAUUUAUUGAAUAUGAAAAUGAUAAACAAACAUCAUUUGAACAAUUAAAUUCUCAUACUAAUAUAAUAAAUCAAAAUUCAAUAAUAAAUACUGCAUCAACAAAUCAUGAUGUAUCAAAUACUAUUAGCAGUCAAAAACGUAUAGUAAAAAUAUCUAAACCAGAUAAUACUGGUCUUGGAAUAAGUAUUAAAGGCGGUAGAGAAAAUCGAAUGCCUAUAUUAAUAAGUAAAAUAUUUCCAAGUAUGCCUGCUGAUCAAACUGGACAACUUUAUGUUGGUGAUGCUAUACUUUCAGUCAAUGGACGUGAUUUACAACAUGUUUCACAUGAAGAAGCAGUACAAAUAUUAAAAAAAGCAGGCAAAGAAGUUGAACUUGAAGUUCGAUAUUUACGAGAAGUAAAUGUUCUAAUGCAACAACAACAAAAUUCUUUACCUUCUCGAAAACAACAACAACAACAUCAUUCUGAAGAUGAUCUUGUUGAAUUAAAUCAAAAACGAAUUAUAUCAGCUAUACCUCAUCAAUCAUCUAAUGAUUCAAUUCGUUAUGAAACAAAACGUAUAUCUCUUCGUUUAUGCUAUGUCUUUCGUCGUUCAUCAUCAGCUACUGAUAUAAUUGUUUUAUCAUCAAAUUUAUCAAUACCAGCAACAGCAUCACCUUUAUUAACAGAUGGUACAAAUGGUUCUAUUUUAGAUAUUAUUUUACCUUAUAAUCAAACUUGUUAUAGUAUACGUUUUGUUGAUGAUAUGCAUGCUCGAAAUUGGUUUUAUAUAAUUCAUUCAAAAAUUUCUCGUUGUCUUUUGGAAAUUUUACCUGAAAUUGAAGAACGUUUCUAUGCUGAACGUGAUAAUAAUGAAGUAAAAGCAUUAGGAUGGUUAGCUGAACAAGUUCAUUAUGAUGACUUAACAACAAUUAAAUCAUGGCGACCUGUUUUUCUUGUUCUAACAGAUUCAGAAAUAUGCUUCUUAUCUCAUUCACCAGUAUCAAGACAAGCAUCUCGGGAAUCUAAUAUUACCUAUCCAAUAUUAUCAAGCAGACUUAUUCAAUCAACUCGUGAUACAUCAACCGAUAUUGAUAUUUCAUUAUUAUCAUUACGUGUUGGAACAAAAUUCGGUGUAGUAAUACAUACAUUUCGAAUUGAAACAAAAUAUGAUUUAGAUUAUUGGACAACUUCAAUAAGUCAAUGUAUACAAAGUGCUGUUCAACGUAUAAAAGAAGUUAUUUUUCCUUGCAAAUGGAAUAAUCGUUUAUGUAAAUUAUAUUUACAUUAUGAAGAUGGUUUUGCAUUGUAUGCGGAACCAGAUAUUGGUAGUACAAGUGCUCGUUUACUUUGGCAAGAACCAUUUGAAAAACUCCGCUCAUCAUCAGAUGAUAAUAAUCAUUUACUUAUGUUAGAUUUUCAUGGUGAAGAAGGUGUCAUGGAAUUAUAUUUCGAUGGUUCACCUAAAUCAUUUGUCUUCCAUUUACAUGCAUUUUUGUCAGCUAAAGCAGCGCGAAUUAGUCUUACCAGAUAA